CCCCUUUUCUCACCUCCUCCCUUUCCCUCUCCCUCUUCUCUCUCAGCUGCCUAACAUUAAAGAGAAAAUGCUGCUAUCAGUGACUUCCAGGCCUGGGAUUUCGACUUUUGGCUAUAACAGGAACAACAAGAAGCCAUAUGUGUCAUUGGCUCAGCAGAUGGCACCACCUAGUUCAAGCAACAGUACCCCUAAUAGCAGCAGUGGAAACAAUGGAAAUGACCAGCUGAGCAAAACCAACCUAUAUAUCCGAGGAUUGCAACCAGGCACUACUGACCAGGACCUUGUCAAGCUGUGUCAGCCAUAUGGCAAGAUUGUUUCCACUAAGGCCAUACUGGACAAGACCACAAACAAAUGCAAAGGCUAUGGCUUUGUGGAUUUUGACAGUCCUUCAGCAGCACAGAAAGCUGUGACAGCACUGAAAGCCAGUGGUAUACAGGCACAAAUGGCAAAGCAACAGGAGCAGGACCCCACAAAUUUAUACAUCUCAAACCUCCCACUGUCGAUGGAUGAGCAAGAACUGGAGGGGAUGCUGAAGCCCUUUGGCCAGGUUAUCUCCACCCGAAUCCUUCGAGAUACCAGUGGGACUAGCAGAGGGGUUGGCUUUGCAAGGAUGGAGUCCACAGAGAAGUGUGAAGCCAUCAUCACCCACUUUAAUGGAAAAUAUAUUAAGACACCCCCUGGAGUACCAGCCCCAUCUGAUCCUUUGCUUUGCAAAUUUGCUGAUGGUGGACCAAAGAAACGACAGAAUCAAGGAAAAUUUAUGCAGAAUGGACGGGCCUGGCCAAGGAAUGGAGACAUGGGUAGUAUGGCAUUGACCUAUGACCCCACCACAGCUCUUCAGAAUGGGUUUUACUCAUCCCCUUAUAACAUCACCCCCAACAGGAUGGUUGCUCAGUCUGCACUGUCCCCAUACCUUCCAUCUCCUGUGUCUUCCUAUCAGAGAGUGACUCAGACAUCUCCUCUACAAGUACCUAACCCAUCUUGGAUGCACCACCAGUCAUACCUCAUGCAGCCUUCAGGUUCCGUUCUGACACCAGGUAUGGAUCACCCCAUUUCUCUCCAGCCUGCCUCCAUGAUGGGACCCCUUACCCAGCAACUGGGCCACCUCUCCCUCAGCAGCACGGGCACGUAUAUGCCAACAGCUGCAGCUAUGCAAGGUGCUUACAUCUCCCAGUACACCCCUGUGCCUUCUUCCAAUGUUUCAGUUGAGGAGAGCAGUGGCCAGCAGAAUCAAGUGGCAGUGGAUACACCCUCAGACCAUGGGGUCUAUUCUUUCCAGUUCAACAAGUAACAGUGGCUGAGCCAGCCUACUUCACCUUUUUACAGUUGUUAAUUUUGUGGAUUUCUUUUCUGAAUGAAAUUUCAUAUGGAAUUUUUGAGGAGCUGGGCAAGGAACAAGGUAGAACACUAAGCAGGCAAUGGAAGUGGUUUUGCUUUCCUCUGCCCUGCCACAUCCUGGGAGAAAAAACUAGACUUUGGCUUGAGGAAGCAGAGAUGUGACCUAGGCUCAUUAAAGAGACAACCCUACCGCCCUUGGAAGCCACGAUUGAGCCAAAUUUGGUUGAAGACUAGGUCUUCCCUGGCAAAUUCCAGAAUGGCAGACUUACUGACUUCUGACUAACUUUUCUCACUGCCGAGGCCAACACCAUCUGAGGAAGUGUCUUUUCCAGCUACAGCCUUUUGGGAGUAUCUGCUUUCCUGCCUCCUAGAGGAUCUUCUUUUCUGCUCUGCCCUGUGUCAUGGCCCCGCUCUUCCCUGUUACACAUUGCUGUGCUUAGAGCCUUCGCAGCUGUGACCUAGCUGAAUCCAUGUGUGCUCCUUCCCCACUGUGGGAGAUCCACUGCUUUACCUAUAGACCAGUGGUUCUCAACCACAGGUGGUUUUGUCCCCCAGAGGACGGUGGCACCAUCCAGAGACAUUUUUGAUUGCUAAACCUGGGAGUGGGUGGUGUGCGUGUGCUACUGGCAUCUUAAGGGCUAGAAACCAGGG